GAGGGGUGUGGGGGUCUCUGCGGGAGUGUCCCGGCUUUUUCCUCCCUCUGUCACGGCAGGAAGGGGCGGUGGCGAUGACGGCACCAAACCCGUUUUACUUUCACUUCCACCGGCGCUCGGGAAUCUCGGAUUCCGGGAAGAUCGAGAGCUCGGGGAGGGUGGGAUUGAAGAAGGAGCGAGAGGCGGGACCGCAGAGCCCCGAGCGGGAUUUGUAGGUCCGACCCCAAACUUCCUCCAUCCCAGGGGCGCAUCCCUCCAAAUGGAGACGGAACCGGAGGAAGAAGCGGCACCGGAGCUGCAGCCAGAACCGUGCCCCGCCACCGGCACCCUGGUACCGGCCUCGCCUCACCACCACCCCGCGGAGGGCGAGGAUGAGGAUGAAGACGAUGAGGAUUUCCAAUUCCUGCGCUGCGACGGCUGCGGGCAGGACUCGGCGCAGCCGCGGCUGCUGCGCUGCCUGCACACGCUGUGCCCGGCGUGCCUGAGCGACACCAAGCAGUGCCCGCGCUGCCAGGCGGCCGUGCCCGCGCCCGCCGUGGACAACCUGCUCUUCUGCAACCUGCGGAGCCGCCUGCAGCUCUGGCGGCAGAUCCGCAGCGCCGGCGGGCCCGGCUGCGGCCGCUGCCGAGCCGAGGCGGCGCUGGUUUGGUGCCAGGAGUGCGAGGAGUUCCUGUGCGGGCGCUGCCUGGAGGAGCACCAGUGGUGGCACAAGAAGAAGGCGCACAGGGUGCGCAGGGUGGAGGAGCUGCGGGCGGGAUCGGCGCGGCAGUUCCUGGAGGACACGCGCGGCUCCUGCAGCCUCUUCUGCUCCAGCGCCAGCCACCCCGAGGAGAGCCGCGUCUGCAGCAUCUACUGCCCGCGCUGCGAGCGGGCGCUGUGCUGUCCGUGCGCGCUGCUGGACACCGGCCACGCUCCGUUCCGCGACCUGCGCGCCGAGAGCCGCCGGCGCCAGGACGAGCUGCGCUCGCUGCGCCGCGACAUGCGGUGUCUCCGACGUGCCUUUGAGGCGGCCCUGGCGCGGCUGCGGGGCGAGGCGGCCCGGCAGGAGGAGCAGCGGGAGCGGCUGCGGGAGCGCGUCCGCGCCAGCGCCGAGCGGCUGCAGGAGCUGGUGCGCAGCGAGGCCGAGGAGCUGCAGGCGCUGCUGGAGGCGCGGCCGCAGCGCGGUCACCGCGGCGCGCUGGCGGAGGAGCUGCGGGGCGCCGAGGCGACGCUGCUGCGGCUGGAGGCGGCCGAGCGGCUGGUGGACAGGCUGGGCCGCUACGGCGGCGAGCAGGAGCUGAUGGACAUGCAGCCCUUCGUCAAGGGCGCGCUGCUGGAGCUGCGGCGGCUGCGGCCGCCCGAGCCCCCCAAGCUCCGGGAGCCGGCCGACUUCGCCCAGUGCCGGGCGCGGCUGCGGGCGCUGGUGGAGCGCGUCACGGGGCGGCCAGAUGUCCCCGAGGUUGAGGUGGCCCUGGAGAACAACCUGCCGGUCCCACUGUGCUGCUGGACGUCGCGGCCGCAGCCUGCGGUGGAGCGGGGCAGCCAGGUGUCCCCCAAGAUCCUGAAGCUGGAAUGCGACCACGAGCCGGGCCCCAGCAAUCCCAAAUCCCGCUGGGAAUUCCCGACGCAGCCCGGCCCCUCGGCGGCACCGCACAACUGCGCCCGCGCCGGCGACGCCGAGGGCGGCAGCAUCAUCAUCUGCAGCUCAGACGACAGCGACGAGGACACCGUGGUGGUGACGGUGACACCGGAGCCGUGCUGACGUCCCAGUGGAUCAUCCCGCAAUUCCCAUUCCCAGAAUUCCGCUUGGGCUUUCCUCUUCUUGGCCAAUCCCAAAUUUAUUCCUGGACUGAGCCUCUGGUGUUCCGGAGCGGCCCCAAAUCCCCCUCUGGGAUCCCCCCCAGCAGUUGGAGCAGGGAAUUCCUCAGGAUUGGGAUUGGGAUUGGGAUUUGGGUCCAUUUCCCAAUGUAAUGAGGGAUAAAAUCCCGUUUUUUUAAUGCUUCCCCUCAAUAAAUUUGCUCCAGGAUAAA